AUGGAAGAGAUGAUUGAUGGCUCCGAGGCUGUAGACUGGUCACUGCUGGAUCAGUUUUUCCAGAACCAAGUCAUGGAAACAAUGCAAUGA